AUGGCCAACAGCACGGAGGAAUUGGAGCCCGUGGAAUGCCUUAUUUGUGCAGCGGCCUGCGAAGCGCUGGCUGUCUUUAACUGUGGGCACUACGUGUGUUACGCCUGUGGGCUGCAUAUUCACUCCAUUGAUCACGGUGCGUGUCCGGUCUGCCGCGAAAAAGGUGAGACAGUCAUUGUGACUCGCACUCUGCCAGGCGAGAAUGAUGAUGAGGAUAAGUUUUGCGCGGCAUCGAUUCGGACAAUGGAGGACAUGUCUGCCUUUGACGCGCAUUUGAAGUGUUUUGUGCAGGGUAGCAAUUUGGCAACUGAAAUGAGCAAAAUGUACGAGUGUGUGUGUCCGGUGCCCAAAUGCUGGCGUAGGGGCAUGCAGGAGCCUUUUUGUGAUAUGUAUCCUCUGCGGCAGCACCUCAGGAUCGAACACAAGCUGGAAUACUGCGGUAUUUGUCUGGAGCACCGAUCGGUAUUUCUGUGCGAACAGCAGGUUUACUUGCGGGAGGCGUUGAAGCUGCACAUGGAUGGGGUGUGCCCACAUGAUGCCCCCUCGUUUUUGGGGCACCCAUUUUGCAGAUUUUGUCCCAAUUCACAUUUCUACGACGAGGAUCAUCUUCUCGAGCACAUGAAGCACCACCACUUUACGUGUGACGUAUGCAACCGUAGUGAGUUUCUUUUCAGAUAUUAUGAAAAUCGUAGAAAACUGCUUCAACAUUUUGAGCAGGCACACAAGCUGUGCGACCAUCCUGCCUGUGCAUCACUGGAUCCAAUGGUGCGAGUGUUCGCCUCGGACUUGGAGCUGGCGCUUCAUAAACAACGCGUGCACGGGGUGCGCUCGCGAGUGGCGCUUUUUAUGGCAGAUAACCCUCCCAUAAAUUCCGGCAGCAGUCCUCCCACAACGACAUCGCCUGCAACAGGGGGCAAUGCAAAUGUCAUCAGUAUUACAUUUGAUCACGUGAACAGGCAGGAUACAGUGCAACUGAUGCAAAAGUGCGAACACAGCGGCAGCGGCACCGAUAAUGGUGGUGACAGGCGCAGAGGUAAAAAAGGGGGGGGUGGUAAGAUUCAUGUAGAUUGGGUACGGGGUGACACGCCUGGGUUGCCACUGCAUUUUCGGACUCGUGGCGUGUUGAGCCCACUCAUGCGCAAAGGACGUGAACGGAAUGCGGCGUCACAUACGAAAUUAAAUUUGUGUGCCUUUGGCGUGUCGGAGACUGCAGAAGCGUACAACUCAAAGAAUAAAGUACCAUUAAACCGUAACGAGCUUCAGUGUGCCUUGGAUACCGUUUUGCGAGAGGAACUGCCUGAGUUGCAUCAACUGCAAGACUUCCGGUUGUGUACGGCGGAGUUCAUGAGUGGAAAGAUCCUGACCAUGCGAUACUACAACUACCUUCGCACCGAGUUCUUUCCAUCCGAAGAGGCCUUUCAGAAGGUGUUUCCUCUGCUUGUUGCCACCGUCCCGCUCCCGCAAAGACGUGAUGCGCUUGUGCAAAUUGAGAAGAUGCGAAAUUCGCCCGAGGUGCAACAUGCUCAGCGGAUACAGGAGGAGGAGGCGAAGAAGAAAAAGGAUGCUGAGAAGUGGAAUAAGCAGCAUGAGCUGCUGGCACGCAUUGAGCAGAAGUCGAAUCGGCGCAAGGGAAAUGCCAGCGGCGCCCACAACGUCUGGCUUGAGAGAGGAUCGGCCGCCCUUCUUAACCAGGCGCGCCAGCAGGAGCCCGAGGCACCACCGCAGGAGGAGCCGAGGAGGUCACAACAGCCCUCGCGGGCCAAUAACAAAAACCGUGGAGGUGGCAACAGCAGCGGUAAUCGCCCUUCGUCUGCCGAGACAGCUAAUGCCACUAAUACUCAGUGGGGUACAACGCAUGAGCAACGGCAACUUCGGCCUUCAUUGCUUCCCACUGGAACAGGGUAUUACCAGGACCCAGGAGAUUUUCCAGAGCUUCCCACAACUGACCCACGUUUGGCAUGGGGGCGGUCACAAGCGAAGCGGGCUCCGCGACAGAAUGCGUGGAACUGCAAAAGGAUCUAA